AUCAUGGAGACUGCAAAUCACAUACCCGCCACCCUCACACCUCCAGUGCUCAUCGCCGUUCCAUCCGAGCUGACAUCCGGACGAACUUCAGCCACGAAAACGGUGACACCGGAACCUUCACCCAGGUGUACUCCAAACAGAGCGCAAAGCUGGUGCUAGAUUGCACCGUCAAUAUCAAUUUCAGCACGAGCAUCUGGCUAAAAGAUGGCCAGAUAGUCCAAACCAUACUCAAGGACAACACGAACAAUAAGAGAGUGAUCGGUCAUAGGUUUCUCGUGGACGCGACCGGUAAUUUGUUUAUCGAUAACGUCAGGUUGGAAGACGACGGUAGGUGGCAGUGCGAAGCCGAGGAUGCUUUUGGGUUCGUUGUGCAGGGCAGGCCGAUACAACUGACGAUUUUAGAUGCACCCAAAAAGGCCUACUUGAUGAUUGAUAACAGAAUUCUCGAUCCCGGAAAUCCUUUUAUCCCAGUCAAGGAAAACUCCGACCUAACAGUAUCUUGUGUCGUCGACGAAGGCAACCCCAAACCGCAACUCUCGUGGGAACUUGCUCUCGGAUCUUCUGCUCUCUUGGAGAUCCCAGAAGUUCCCCUUGAGGUGCUCAAUUUGACUGAGACUGUUCGAGAUCAGAAAAUCGGCUCAAGAACUGAUGCUAGGCUUGGAAGAGUGCUGAGAGGUCAUCAUAAUGCUACGCUGACAUGUUACGUCAGACAUAUCGCUCUAGAUCUACCGUUGAACGUAUCAGUACUGCUCAAUGUACAGUACACCCCAUCUUUCGCCAUAUCUCGCGAACCGGGCUUUGGUUUUCCCAUUCGUGAGGGAAUGCCGGUCUCUCUGAAGUGCGACGUCGACGCCAACCCGAAGGCCCUUCCCGUCUGGCAGAAGGACGACACAAGUCCUCCUGUCCAACAGAGCCCGGACGGUUACCUGAAUUUCACUGAAAUCCGGCGCGAGCACAGCGGAUGGUACAAAUGCAUAGCCAGGCACAGGCUGGGGAGAUUUUCCAGCAUCGGAUACUUCCUCAAUGUCAGAUAUGACACGGAUGUUACACAAGAGCCAGACUUUGACAUUGGCGAACUUAGUUCGACGGGAAAGCAGUUAGAAGUUUCGCUAGGAGGAGCCGUUCAACUCGCCUGCCCACCAGGAACAACAGGAUGCUGGACGAGAGUAGAACCAGGAACUGGGCGCUUGGAACCAUUGGGUGCUUCUCAGGAAUUAAGACUGGAUAGCGUUUUAUAUCAAGAGGGUGGUGAAUACCGCUGCGUAGCACCAACCAAAGAUGCCACGAGAAGGUUGGAUUCUUUAAGGAAUGCCAUGUCUGUUCAAGUAGUUGUAUCAG